CCGGCCCCGGCUCCGCCCCGCAGCCCGCGCGGCAUGGCACGCGGUGACGCCCGGGCAACUCUCUCCCCUCGGGCCGGGGGCUUCCAUCGCACCAAGAGGGAGUCUCCUUAGAGUUGGAAAAGAAGCCAGGAUGGUGGGAUUUCUCCACCGCCGGGAGCGCUGAGGGGGGGAGGGCAUCGCCCACCCUCCUCUCACCUGCCCUUUCCCCGCUCCGCCCCAGAAGUGCUGCUUCCAGCAUGAUCGGGGCUGCUGCCCGGCCCCUGGAAGAGCGCAGGGAAGGGGUGCAGCUGCAGCGGCAGAAGCGGCGGCAGAAGCGGCAGCUGCAGCAGCGGCCCGGGGCGGGAGGACUCUGAAGGAGACAGCCACCCGUUUCGGGCGUGCGGACGGGACACGGUCGCGGCUUUCUAAAUGACGGACGGCCACAUGAGAUCAUUUAAAAAAAAAUAAACUUUGGAGGGCUGCCACCGGAGAUGUUGUCGGGGCACGGAAAUCGGGGAUCGCUCAGCGGCCUCCUCCCGGGAGCGGCUGGCGAGGCACGGAUUGAAGCUCGGGGGCCCUGAGGGAGCGGCACCGAAGGGGAGAGAGUGGCAAGAGAAUGAAGAAGCCAACUGCCCGUGAGAAGCAUGAGGUGGCCGCGCGGUGCUUGGAUUAGAGGGCGGCAGCUGAGGGUCCCGUGGGGGCCGGCACUGCCGCUGCUGGCCCUGCUGGCCCUUGGAGCCCCCGCUUGGCUCUUGGCGGCUGCCCCGGCAGUGCCCGAACAGCAUGCCGCCCCCGAUGCUGCUCCCGGCCAGCCGCCGCUCGACUGGCUGCUCGCCGACCGGGGCCCUUUCCACCGCGCGCAGGAGUACACUGACUUCACGGAGCGCUUCCGCCAAGGUUUCACCACCAGGUAUAGGAUCUACAGAGAGUUUGCCCGUUGGAAGGUGAAUAACCUGGCUCUGGAAAGGAAGGACUUUUUCAACUUGCCACUGCCUCUCGCCCCAGAGUUCAUCCGCAAUAUCCGCCUCCUGGGGCGACGACCCAACCUGCAGCAGAUCACGGAAAACCUGAUCAAAAAAUACGGGACCCACUUCUUGCUCUCAGCGACACUCGGAGGGGAGGAGUCCCUGACCAUCUUUGUGGACAAGCGGAAGCUGAGCCGAAAGGCAGAGUCGGGCGCAGCCCCCGCGGCUGCUGGGUCCGGCGGAAGCGGGAACGGCACGGCCGUGUCCCUGGAGACCCUGCAUCAGCUGGCCGCCUCCUACUUCAUAGACCGAGAGAGCACCUUACGCCGGCUCCAUCACAUCCAGAUAGCCACAGCCGCCAUCAAGGUCACGGAAACCCGGACCGGCCCUCUGGGCUGCAGCAACUAUGAUAACCUGGACUCAGUCAGUUCAGUUCUGGUGCAGAGUCCCGAAAACAAAGUACAGUUACUCGGCCUGCAGGUACUGCUGCCCGACCACCUACGGGAGCGCUUCGUGGCCGCCGCGCUCAGCUACAUCACCUGCAGCUCGGAAGGGGAGCUCAUCUGCCGGGAAAAUGACUGCUGGUGUCAGUGUGGGCCCGACUUUCCAGAAUGCAACUGUCCGGAUGCCGACAUCCAGGCCAUGGAGGACAGCUUGGUCCAGAUCCAGGAAGCCUGGGUCAUCCACAACCAGCAGUUUGAGGACUCAGAGGAGUUCCGGUCCCUGCUGCAGCGGCUCCCUGGGGACCGCUUCCUGAACACCACGACCAUCGCCCAGUUCUGGGCUGUGGACGCCAGCCUGCAGCACCGCUACCAGCAGCUGGGAGCCAGCCUGAAGCUGCUCCUCAAGAAGGCCCACCGCAUCGUCCGCCGCCUCUUCAACCUCUGCAAGCGCUGCCGCAGGCAGCCUCGCUUCCGCCUCCCCAAGGAGAGGCCAGUUUCCUACUGGUGGCACCGGAUCCAGUCCCUCCUGUACUGCACCGAGACCGCCUUCCCGGGGACGUUCCUGGAGCAGAGCCACGGCUGCGCCUGCCCCCGCGACCAGCCGGUCACCAUCUCCUCCUCCUCCUCUUCCUCUUCCUCGUCCUCCUCCUGCCAGGGCCCCAUCCCCUGCACCCUGGGCGAAGGGCCCGCCUGCGCCAGCUGCGCGGCCGACAACGGCACCCGCUGCGGAGGCUGCAACCCGGGCUUCGUGCUGAGCCAGGGGUUGUGCCGGCCGGAGGCGGCCGAGUCCCCGGAGGCCUUCCUGGGCCUGGAGACGGACCUUCAGGACCUGGAGCUCCGGUACCUGCUUCAGAAGCGGGACAGCCGCCUCGAGGUGCACGCCAUCUUCAUCAGCAACGACAUGCGCCUGGGCGGCUGGUUCGACCCGUCGUGGCGGAAGCGGAUGCUGCUCACCCUCAAGAGCAACAAGUACAAGCCCGGGCUGGUGCACGUGAUGCUGGCCCUGUCCCUGCAGAUCUGCCUCACCCGCAACAGCACGCUGGAGCCCGCCAUGGCCAUCUACGUCAACCCCUUCGGGGGCAGCCACUCGGAGAGUUGGUUCCUGCCCGUGGCUGAGGGCGACUUCCCGGACUGGGAGAGGACUAGCGUUGACGCGGCGGCCCAGUGCCAGAACUGGACCCUCACCCUGGGCAACAAGUGGAAGAGCUUCUUCGAGACCGUCCACGUCUACCUGAGGAGCCGCAUCAAGUCCCCGGACGGCAGUUCCAAUGAGACGCUCUACUAUGAGCCCCUGGAGACGGCUGAUCCCUCCAAGAACCUGGGCUACAUGAAGAUCAACAGCCUGCAGGUCUUCGGCUACAGCCUGCCCUUCGACCCCGACGCUGUCCGGGACUUGAUCCUGCAGCUCGAUUACCCCUACACGCAGGGCUCCCAGGACUCCGCCCUCCUGCAGCUCCUGGAGAUCCGUGAUCGGGUCAACAGGCUCUCGCCGCCUGGCGAGGUGCGGCUUGACCUCUUCUCCUGCCUGCUCCGCCACCGGCUCAAGCUGGCCCACAACGAGGUGGGCCGGAUCCAGGCUUCCCUGCGGGCCUUCAACGCCAGGCUGCCCAACCCCGUGGAGUACGAGACGGGCAAGCUGUGCAGCUAGCCGGAGGGGCCGCGCUCGCCACUGCCCUCUCUGAGACAGCCGAGUCGGAGUCUGGGAGCGCUCCCCUUCGAGAUGGCCGCGUCCUCUCUGGGACUUGGACCAAGGCCAGCGGGGAGGGAGGGCGGGUGGCCCUCGCCAGGAGACCCCCUCGCCAGGAGACCCCCUCCCCUCGCACCCGCACCCCUGUGCCCAUCCAGGCGGCAACAUGGCAGACGUGGGCGGGUACCAGCUGGUGCUUUCCAGAGUCAGUGCAGAUCAGUGGGCCGAGCUGGGGGGAUCUCACCUAAACGCGGCCCCCGAGACCCUCCGAUCGGGAUCCUCGCCGUCCCAAACCCAGAGCAGCACACGCUCAGCCUCCCCUCUGCUCAGUGUCACUUUUGUAUUCUUUUUAACCAGGUGUUUCUAAUAAUGUGGUCACUUCUCCUUCUCCAAGUUGGUUUUUAAGUCUUUGUAUUCUCCUCUUCUGCCUCCCUCAUCCCACCUGGAGGCCUCCCACCCCUUGCCCACCACCCUGCCACUGUUCCUGAAUGGGGCAAGUGGUUGGGGCAUGGGGAAGGGAAAUCUGCUUCUUCCUUCAACUACAGACCCGUUCGCGUUUCUCCUCUCCUGGGCAGAACCAGGGUCCCCCCGCACCCUGUGCCCCGCUGACAACCCGCGCCUCCUUCUCUCCAGCAAGAACCGGCCCCCUGAGGCAAAAACUGUUCAGUUAGGAAGAGGUGAAACUGCAAGAGGAGGGGACUUUUCUUUUUUAUUUAAAAAAAAAAAAGUAUUUAUUUUCCAAUUGUUUUCUUGUCCAGCCGAGUGACAUCCUAGUAACACUGAUCUGAUUUAGUAUAUUUUUUAAAAAUGCCUUUGGAGGAAAACAAAAAGAGAGAAAGAGGAAAACAAUAUAGUUCCCUGAUUCGCCUGAAUUUUUUUAAGCUGCUAAUGUGCAAUAUGUGGUCCGGGCCUGGAUGAGUGAGUUGGUGGGUGGACGGAUGAGGCUGAGAAGAGGGGUUGCAGGAGGAUAAGGUGAGGGGGGAGAGAGAGAGAGAGAGAGAGAGAGAGAGAGAGAGAGAGAGAGAGAGAGAAUGUGUGUGUGUGUGUGUGUGUGUGCGUGCGCGCUCACGCACACACGUGCUUACACUCUGCAAGAAGGAAGGAGUGCAAAGUGGCCAGGAAGUCAUCUUCCCCUCCCCGUUUCCUUGCUCCAACAACAAAGCCAGUGCUGAGGGGCACUGCUCAUGAGCUGGGCAUUCUAGGACUGACCCCCGCAGGGCCAGUGGACUAACAGCCUUGCCUCAACAUCAUCUACUCCCUUGGGAUGCUACGUGAAAUGUCGGUGGAGGGAGAUGCCUCUUAAGCUCUGCCGCCCACCACCCCCUCUCCUCUGUCUACCCCCUGUUGCCAGAUGCCCCCCAGACUCUCAGGGGAGACCCCCUAGCCUGAAGUCCCAGGUAGGUGGGAGGGAGCAGAAGAGUAGGAUUGAAGGAGGAGGAAGGGGAGGGGUUUAAUGGAUGAUGGAGUAGGGCACUGGGGGCAGGGGAGAGGCAGAUCUCCGUUUCCUCCCUUUUGCUGACCUUCAGCUAUUUUUUUUUAAUUCAGAAAAGCAGCAAUAGCCCCUGAUAUGGAGGAAUAAUAAUUUCCCCCCUGGUAUUUUGUGACCUGGUUUAGAAACCUCUUCAGGACCCUGAGAUUGCCUCCUCCGUCUCCAUCCUUGGUUCACACCCAAUCUUUCCAGGGUGUGGGAGGAAUAUCCAGCCCUUAUUUGGGAGCAGGGUACCAGGCAAAUACAAAGCAUUUGGUUAAGGAUCGUCUCUACCAGGUGUUUUGGAAUUAGGUGAAAAAGCUCCUUUAGUGAGCCUGUCCUAAAAGUGUCCUAGCUAACAUUAGACUGGGCCAAAUCACUUGACUUAGUCCACAGGGCUCCAGAGGUCCUAAGAGAUAAAGAGGCCCAGGUCACGGCUGCCUUCCGACCUUCCAGUGAAGACUUCUGGGUUGGAAAUAUGGCCUAACAAUAUCGGGUAGGGCUCAAUUCAGGCAUCGUGGAGUCUAUUUCUGACUCAGCCGCUGUCACCCUCUGCAAAGUCUCUCUGGGCCUACGGCUUCACUCGUGAAAUGGGGCUAACAUAGCUGUCAUCAGCAUCCACAGGACUGCUGAGAUGAGCUGGGGGUGGGUGUUGGGGGAAAAGGCUUUGAAAGCAUUCAGAUGAAAGGUGCUGGAUAAGUGCAAAGUGAGUGUGAAAAGUCUGAUUUUCUCAUUCCAUAGAUGUCUCCAUGUUGUGUGCAUGGUUGGAUGGAUUCUUACCUCCCUCAACAAUUGGAGGCCCCCUCCUGCCUCUGGGGUGGGAGUUGUCACCUCUCUUAUACAGUUCAGAACGAGACUUGGAUGGCGCAAGAGGGAGGAGGCAAGGAGUGCAGUACACGGUUGCCACUACCUAGCCAAAAUGGUAGCGUCCCAGGGUUUGUCAGACCCCCGGGAUGCUGCCCACUAACAUGGCCAUCCGACUGCUCCUCGUAUCCGCAGCGGGUUUCCUCUGUCGAACUUGGGAGGCUGUCGUGACACGAGUCAGGGGUCUGGGUUUUAGAAACACACUGGACAGGUCUGUGUGGGUGAGGCGUGAUUUUUCAAGAUCAUCAUUUGGGUAGAAAAAGGUAUUUGGGGCUCAGAUCUGCUCUAGACGAGCCCCAUGCUGAGCUCCAAACUAGCGCUCGCAGGACUGUGGCCAGGCCAGACAUACCAGACCUAUGGCUCGGAGCUCCCCCCGCCCCUGUGCCCACUUCCAUGCCCACCCCAGGCACCGAGUGCUCACCCUCCCAUCCGUCCAGCAACCCGGGAGCUCAUGCUGGGCUUCCGCAGCCCUGAAUCCAUCUCUCACAUACACCCAUAGGGCUACUGUCAAAAGGGCCGGCUCCCAGGCAAUAGAUCAGUCAAUAAAUAGAUGGUAUUUAUUGAGCACUGACUCUGUGCAGUCUCCAAAAUGCAAUCUGCCUGCCCAGGCCCCGACCUCUCGAACUUCAGGGCAACUGGGGAACUUUGCAACAUAAAAUCGCUGGUAGCAAAUUCCCUGUCACCAACAUCAGCCUUCUCAGCCACCCAUGGAUGGUAUCUUCCCACCAGUAAUUACACCUUCACAAAUGAAGGACAGCUAGGUGAAUAUCUCCCUCUCCCUAUAUGUGUAUAUACAUAUAUGCAUAUGUAUAUAUCUAUAUAUAUAAAAUACAUCUGGCUUAUGACACAAGAGCCACUAAAGCCAGGAAGCCAAAGGCAGGUUCCAUGGGCUGUUUGCAACCUGUUUGCCCCAUCAGUCAAUUGCCUUCUCCCCAUCUGCUCUAGGAGUGAGCCGGUUACCGUUCUGAAGCUGAGCUGAGAUUGUGAGCCUCUCAUGGGCAGGGAUUGUCUCUCUUUGUUGCUGAAUUGUACUUUCCAAGUGCUUAGUAUAGUGCCCUGCACAAAGUAAGCCUUCAAUAAAUACGACUGAAGGAACCAAUGAAAGAAUUGGCCAACAGACAUUCCUAAUUUCAAUUAGGAUUGCAGAGAACUAAGCUCAUGACCAGCUCUCAUCAUCAUCAUCGAUAUCAAGUAUGGUGAUGACACCAACAAACAACCCUAGAAGUGCUCCAAUCUCAGCUACUCCUCUUAUAUUUCUUUCGAGAAAGCAGUCUCACCUUCAGGGACCCGGCUGGGGCGAAGGGGGCCGGUCUUGGCGGAAUCAGACCGGAGACUGCCAGCAGAAUGAUGUCAAAGCCGCAGGCGGGUUUGGGGAAUGGUGGAGGAGGUCAGCUGUGUGGGGAGAGCCAGGUGGUCACGAGGGGGUCCUCCUGGGAGCAGAGAUGAAGAUGAUGCGAGUUGAUGGAGGCCCUCCCUCAUGGAGAUGGGAGCCACCGUCCUCUCUAUUUCUUGGAGGCUGCCAAUGGCCUAUUCUGGGUGUGGUUGCAAAUGAAAGAAAUGUCAGCAGGAGAGUGUCAACACUGGAGGUCCUGGCAAGAAGGACAAAAUCUCAGGGCACUGAUGUGUUCUGAGAAACCACAAACAAGAAUUGCAGCCUUUUUUAUGAUUCCAAAUAAAUAAUGUACCAUAUGGAUUAA